UCCUCGUCGACGAUGGAAGCAGGACAGCAGCAGGCCAAGCAGCAGAGACGACAACGGCAAGCUCCCGCACUUCCUCCAGCAUAUAUAUAUAUAUACCCCACCUGUCUUGAGUACCCGCUCGUCCUCCAUCAUGUUCGCAGGAAAGCACGCCUCCCUCCUCUCGGCCCUCGUCGCCGCCGCCGGGCUGUUCCUGGAGGCGGACGCGCAGACGCUGAGCAAGCCCGGGCUCCGGAGCGACCUGGACGCCUUCUGGCCGAAGCUGCAGGCGGCGCUGCGCCAGCCGGGCCACACCAUCAAGCAGUGGCCCGCCGGCACCAUCGCCGACGGCUGCAGGGACCUGGCCAACCGGGAGAAGCUCGACCCCCGGACUAUCGUGACGUACGAGGUCCUGUACCGCGACUGCCCUUCCAUGCCCUGGCUCCUUUGCCGCCACCCCGACAGCCGGACCUCGAUCGAGACGCUGGCGCUCCGCUUCGGCCAGGUGCCCGUCAAGUUCCGGCAGCUGACCAAGGACGUCAUGCUCGUGCCCGCCCCGAGCACCCACGCCUACGCCCUGGGCAACCAGGUCGUCUUCUUCAACCAGGUCGACACCAUCGGCGUCUACCUCCACGAGGUCGCCCACAACUUUGACUUCUCGUCCGGCUACAACGUCUCGGGCCGCCUGGCCGACAACCAGGUCUGGCUCAACGCGUACAACGCCGACAGCGCCGUGCCCGACGGCUACGCCCGCUCGAACCAGGUCGAGAACGUCGCCCAGUUCCCCGGCCUGGCGCUCUUCGACCAGCUGGUCGCGGGCGGCGUGCGCUCCAUCGAGCCCAACGUGGGCCGCAUCGCCAACCAGCUGGCCACGGUCAAGGACCAGGCGGCGCGCGGCGACUACGGCGGCAACGUCUUCGGCCAGAACGAGGGCUGCACCGCCCGCUACGCAAACAGCGUCGCCGUGCCCGCCGUCGCCAGCUCGCGCCUCAUGGGCGCCACCGCCGACUUCCUCUCGAACCGCGACGACAGCGUCGAGGCCCAGACUGCGCGCGCCGCGGCCGCGGGCGUCGACCUGAUGCCCGUGUUCGACGGCCCUGUGGAGGCCACCAACUGUACUGGCCACAUUUAACCGGCUGCCGUUAAUGGGUCGAGGAUCGAG